UCCUCCCCAGUGCAGUCCAGUCCAGUCCAGUCAAAGCGAAGCGAGGCCGCUCUCAAAGACAAAAGACAAAAACUCUCUUUCCCUGGUUCACAUACUCCAUUGCCGUCUAGUACCAGCAGAACCCCCAGCAGUUCACUCCACUCCUAGUCCUGCUACCACCAGCAAGAGGCUGGCUGUGGGCUGAUCCAUGAGGCGCCUCGUGUUCGCGGAGCUCGUGGUCCUCCUCGCCGCGGCGCUCCUGCUCCCCGUCGUGAUCUGCUGCCGGCGCUCGAGCGGCGGCGCCACGCGGCCGCUGCCCGUCUCGGAGCAGCCCGGCGCCGGUGCCAACGCCAGCAGGAAGGAGCGCCGCGUCGAGCGGCUGCGGCGGGCGCUCCACGCCCUGCGCGUCUGGUGCCGCCGCUCCCGCGUCGAGCCGGCGGCCUCCGCGUCCGCGUCUCCGGACGACGGCGCGCAGGCGCAGGGGGAGGUUCAGCUGGAGCAGAUCGCCGCCCCGGCGGCGGCGGCGGAGCAGGCGGGGCACGAGGAGGAGGGUGUGGCGGCGUGGCGCGAGCGCUGGUUCGGCGGCCCCGGGUCGCGCGCGCUCUACACCAUCGAGGAGGCGUCGGAGACGGAGGGCGACGUGGAGAGCCAGUACGGCGCCGAGCCCGAGACGCCGUUCUACACGCCGCCGGCCUCGCCGCCGCACGAUGGAGAGCAAGCAGACCAGCCGGAGCACGGCGAGGCCAGUUAGUUAGCCGGCGAUGCGCCGCUCGUUCCCUGUGUGUCAUAGAUUCGACAAUUUUCUUUGGGUUCUUUCGCGCAUCAGCAGCAGCAGAAAGCAGCGGCUGUUGAAGCAAGGCGUGCAUGAUAGGAUUGGCUAGUCAGUACUAAUUCUUUCUUUCCCCUCCUUGUUUCCGGAGGCAGGAGUGGAUGGAUGGACAUGCAUGCAGAUUAAUACUACUACGGCGAAUCUGCAUGUAUUAAUCUGCAUGAAUUGGAGCCCCCUUUUUUUACGGAGCAGGAACGGGACGGCGAGUAAUUACGGGGCCAAUUCUUUGGCGGACUUUAAUUUCACAGCUAGCGCGUGGCUAGCCGCUGCAUGCGGAGUGGAGUUACUCCACUCCCUCUGCUCUAUCCGUGCAUGCAUGUCAACUUUGAGUGGCGUCGCUGCCGACAGUCUUCUUUUUUCCUUUGUGCAAUGCGUCCCAUUCCUCGC